AACAAUGUACUCUCCUUCCCAACAUUUUGAAGCACGUGAAAAAUGCUUCCCUCAAAAUCGGAAGGAAGAGCCCUACAUCCACCCCCUCUCCAAACCCUCCCUGACCUCAAUCAGCCUCGACAUGUGCACCGAGGCCUUAUGCACCGAGUCCGGCGCCGGCAUUGACCCUUUCUCUGCCCCUGAGCCCAGUGGCAGCAGGCCCAGGAGGCAGAGGGCCGAGCGCGCCAGCAGAGGAGGGAAAGAGAGUUUCCCUCCUCCGUUGGCGAGCUGCUUGCGGGUCCACUCCCACCGCGAGGGAGGGCGCCUCGUGAUCAGUGCGUCCGCCUCGAGGGGCCGGCGCCUGACGGCGGAGCGCGGGGACGGGAGGCUGAGGCUGUCGUUGGUGAUAGAGGGCGGAAGGUGUGAGGAGGAAAGUGUGAAAGAGGAAGGUGGGAAAGUGUUGUUGGUAAGGUGCAAUGGGGAAAGGAGUGGUAAUGAGAGGAUGCAUAGCUUUCAGUUUUGUGUUGUCGGAAGUUAGGAAAUUAUCAAUUUAUUAAUUAAUUGUAGUUGAUUUUUAUUUGACUAAUUUGUAGUACUACUCCUCCUAUAUAUAUAUAUAUGUGUGUGUGUG